CUCCAACAACGACGAGAUCCCCGGUGAGACCCCCGGCGCGUACAUCACCGCGCUGGCGUUCACCUGUCCCGCGGCGAGAUCGGCUUCGCACCGCGCCUCGUACGUGCCCACCUGGCAGUACAGGUACCACGGCAGCUUCCCCACCGGCAACCCUAACUUCCCCGACCCCGGCGCCUUCCAUGGCUCCGAGCUGGCGCAGGUGUUUGGUACCUACAACCGCACUUCCGCCACCCAAGCCCAGCGUGAGAGCUCAGAGUAUAUCCAGGGUGCCUGGGCCACGUUCGCGAAGAACCCCACCAGCGGCCUUACUGCCCUGGGUUGGCCGACGUACAAGCGAGGCGAGAAUACGCUGGUGAGACUGGCGUACGAUAAUGUUCCCGGAGCCACGUUCGUGGACCCCGCGACGUACGAGGGACCGUGCUCGGGCCUGGCUGCUGCCUAAGUUUUGACGGCGACUUGAAAUGUUGGGAUGGCUAUGUGUAUCUAGCGUGUUUGUAAUAGUUGAUCUGCGCAUUUAUUGGAAUAAAAAAAGGUUGAUAUCCAUACUUUUUGCAUCGGGGUUGUCAACGGUGGUGAUGCGUCCGAGUUGCAAACAAAGCGAACGAAAUCGGGUCUUUCGAUUUCCGAAAGGACGGGUUCAAUCCGGUCAGGACAGGUUUGGUAGUGAAAGGCUGAAACCGGAGUGGCUCGAAAUGCCAGUCAACUUGAUUGCCGUGACAUCCCCAGACCAUUCCAGUUCCAUCCCCAUCUCCAUCUCGCAUAGGUAUCAUCCGGUAUCAAAUCGAACCUCCUCCGAGGUCCUUAAAACACUCCCGCCCCACUCCACUCCCAUCUCCUACCCCCACCCUUUCCCCGUCACCGUCACCAUCACCGUCACCAUCAUCAUCACUUUCACCAUCACCCUAACCAUGACCCGCCCCCAAACCCAAGAAGAAGCCGACUUCGAGAUGGCUUUGCUCCUCUCGAUCUCGGAGCACGAAGCGGCCGAGGCCGCAUCCAUCCUGACGAUCCGCCAGCUCAGCGAGCAACAGCCGUCGCCGCAGCCCGUCGAAGACCUGGAUAUCGACUUUGUCAGUGAUGGGUCGCCGGAUUGGCUAGAAAGGCAGAAGAGGGCUAUGGAGGGGCUGCUGGGCUCGAGUGGAAGCGCGGCUGCCAACACUCCCCGCCCUACCCCUGCACCAGUUCCUGCACCUACUCCUGCUCCUGCUCCUGCUCCUGCUUCUGUACCAGCCCAGGCCCCGGCCCCGACGCCUGCUCAGGCUCCUGCCCCUUCCGCCCCGGCUGGCGGAGAAAGCUGUACUGCCUGUGACACCGACGGCGCAGAUAAGAAGGCGAACUGUGGGCACUUUUACUGUAGCGGGUGUUUUGCACAGACGAUUGGUGCGAAGAAAUAUCAACUGUUCUUGAAGGCCAGGUGA